AUGCUAGCAACAAGCCCGUCCCCUAAAUUUGCGACCGGUGGCACCUUUUCUCAGUAUGAUCGGCCUGCAAAGCAAACUGCCAGUCCAGCCUUGAAACAGAACGAACCAGCUCGCAAAUACUAUUUCUCCCCCGAUAUCUCAUUUCGCCGCCCACAUAGGAAUACCAGCACGAGAUCUCUGGAUCGCUACCCCCCGCCGGUUUCCACCCGAGUAAAAAUGGUGGAUGCUGGAACACAAACGGACCAGAAGGUCUCCCCUGACUCGAGCACCAAGACACCUACGUCCACCAUUGCGCGCCUUCAGUUGUCCGAACGGGAAGAUCCAACCCCCAAGACCGCCCACCCUGCUUCAUCCACCACGCGCCGACCAAGCGUAUCUCGCUCCGCCGAGCCGGCCAACGUCGCAAAAGCAGAGAGUAUCCCCGUUCCCAUACAGGCCAAGAGACAGGCUGUUGAGCCUCCCGAAGAACCCGUCCCAACUACAAAUGGGGUCGCAUCGCAAGAGGAGGCAUCAUUACAUCAGUCACCGGUGAAGAAGGCUCGUCCUGAUGCUCCGCCUGUGCGCCUGAUGCCCGUCUUGUACGAAAAUUGCAAUACGCGGGAUUUGGUGGUAUUGAUAUCGUCCAUGCUCAUGGAGCUGAUCAGAUACAAUGAUGCUAUCCCCCUGCGGGAAGGUCAGCUUACAAGAUUCCAUUCACGAGCUCCUCCAGGCAUCUCUGUCCUCGAUUACCUGCAGCGGUUGACCACCCACGCCACGCUGUCGCCUCCCAUACUGCUGAGUGUCGUCUAUUAUAUUGACCGCCUCUGCGCUCUUUAUCCCGCUUUCACCAUUAGCAGUCUCACCGUCCAUCGAUUCUUAAUUACCAGUGCCACAGUGGCGAGCAAAGGGUUAAGUGAUUCCUUUUGGACCAAUAAAACUUAUGCGAGAGUGGGUGGUGUGAGCAUGAAAGAACUCGCGCUCUUGGAACUGGAAUUUCUGACCAGGAUGGAAUGGCGAAUUGUCCCAAAGCCCGAGGUUCUAUGUGAUUAUUACAAAUCUCUAAUUGAAAGAAACUCCCAAUAUCAGUUGGAAGGUUGA